CCCGCCCCCGCCCCGCGGCCCCGAGCACCCCGAGCCGCCCUCGGGGACGAUGCUGAAGAUGCUGUCCUUUAAGCUGCUGCUCUUGGCCGUGGCGCUGGGCUUCUUCGAAGGAGACGCCAAGUUUGGGGACCGCGGCGAAGGGAGCGCCGCGCGGCGGAGACGGUGCCUGAACGGGAGCCCCCCGAGGCGCCUCAAAAGACGGGACCGGCGGCUCCUGUCCCAGCUGGAGGUGCUGAGCGGCGGGGAGGCGAUGUGCGGGGCCUUCUACCCGCGACUGUCCUGCUGCCCGAGGAGUGACAGCCCGGGACUGGGUCGCCACGACCUGCAGCAGAUCCUGUCUGUCAUCAACAACACUGAAUGUGGGAAAUUAUUGGAAGAGAUCAAAUGUGCGCUUUGCUCCCCGAAUUCUCAGAGCCUGUUCCACUCACCGGAUAGGGAAGUUCUGGAUAGAGACUUGGUACUUCCCUUGCUCUGUAAAGACUAUUGCAAAGAAUUUUUUUACACUUGCCGCAGCCAUCUUCCAGGUUUCCUUCAAACAACUGCUGAUGAGUUUUGCUUUUACUAUGCAAGAAAAGAUGGCGGAUUGUGCUUUCCAGAUUUUCCAAGAAAGCAAAUGAGAGGACCAGCCUCUAAUUACUUGAACCAGAUGGAAGAAUACGACAAAGUAGAAGAGAUUAGCAGAAAACACAAACACAACUGCUUCUGUCUUCAGGAGGUUGUGAGUGGACUCCGCCAGCCUGUUGGCGCCCUGCACAGUGGGGAUGGCUCCCAGCGCCUCUUCAUUUUGGAGAAAGAAGGUUACGUGAAGAUAUUGAGCCCAGAAGGAGAGAUUUUCAAGGAGCCUUAUUUAGACAUUCACAAACUUGUGCAGAGUGGAAUAAAGGGAGGAGAUGAAAGAGGACUGCUAAGCCUUGCAUUCCAUCCCAAUUACAAGAAAAAUGGAAAGCUCUAUGUGUCUUAUACUACCAACCAAGAACGCUGGGCUAUCGGGCCCCACGACCACAUUCUUCGGGUUGUGGAAUACACAGUGUCCAGAAAGAAUCCCCAUCAAGUGGAUGUGAGAACGGCCAGAGUGUUUCUGGAGGUAGCAGAGCUCCACAGAAAGCACUUGGGAGGGCAGCUGCUGUUCGGCCCCGAUGGCUUUUUGUACAUCAUUCUCGGGGAUGGCAUGAUCACACUGGAUGACAUGGAAGAAAUGGAUGGGUUAAGUGAUUUCACAGGUUCAGUGCUGCGACUGGAUGUGGACACGAAUAUGUGCACGGUGCCGUAUUCCAUUCCCAGGAGCAACCCGCACUUCAACAGCACCAACCAGCCCCCGGAGGUUUUUGCCCAUGGCCUGCAUGAUCCAGGCAGAUGUGCUGUGGACCGACACCCCUCUGAUACCAGCAUCAAUUUAACCAUACUCUGUUCAGAUUCCAUAGGGAAGAACAGAUCAACAACUAGAAUCCUCCAGAUUAUAAAAGGGAAAGAUUACGAAAAUGAGCCAUCGCUGUUAGAAUUUAAGCCAUUCAGUAAUGGCCCUUUGGUUGGUGGAUUUAUUUAUCGGGGCUGCCAGUCUGAAAGACUCUAUGGCAGUUAUGUGUUUGGAGAUCGAAAUGGGAAUUUCUUGACUCUCCAGCAAAGUCCCGUGAGCAAGCAAUGGCAAGAAAAGCCACUUUGUCUCGGCAGUAGUGGCUCCUGUAGAGGUCACCUUUCGGGCCACAUAUUGGGAUUUGGAGAAGAUGAAUUAGGUGAAGUUUACAUCCUAUCAAGUAGUAAAAGUAUGACCCAGACUCACAAUGGAAAAAUGUACAAAUUCAUAGAUCCUAAAAGACCUGUUCUGCCUGAGGAGUGCAAAGCACCAAUCCAGCCAGUCCAGACACUGACCUCUGAGUGUGCCCGGCUCUGUCGGAAUGGAUACUGUACCCCCACAGGCCAAUGCUGCUGCAACUCUGGCUGGGAAGGAGAUUUCUGUAGAAAUGCAAAGUGUGAGCCAGCUUGCCGACAUGGAGGUGUCUGCAUGCGACCCAACAAGUGCCUUUGUAAGAAAGGCUACCUGGGAGCUCAGUGCGAGCAAGUGGACAGAAACGUACGCAGAGUAAUCCGGGCAGACCAUCACCUACAUGAAACACCUUUAUCCUCUCCUGUAAAAUGCUAAGGUUACAUUUUUCCAGCAACUUAAUUGGAAAGAAGGAGAGUGAGAAAGCAAACAGUUUUCAUGUGCUGUGGAGCUAAUUUAGCCACGUACCCUUGUACCAACAUGUAAUCAUUCCCGACGGAGGAAAAAGCAAGAAAACAACCAAUCCAUAUAACAUUUCAGCAUUAAACUUUGUAAAGUGCUUUUCACCAGUGCCAGACUGUCAGAGUCUGUGUGAUUAGAAUGGUGCAGAUGUCACACUGAAUCAGACCUCACUGGAGAAGAGCUUAGGCGUGUUUUACCGAUUGUGGCUCUGUAAGCUGUCACUUGUACCCAUUUUUCAUAUAACGCUUCUUGCCAACUCCGACUGCUAAUGUAUAUGUUCAUUCCAAAUGCCAAUGAAAAUUGUCUCUCAGUUAAUGAAAAUAAAUUUCUGUAAAUAUUCUG